UCCAAUUCUACCAUAAAAUUGCAGACUGGCAAAUCGAGAAGAACCAACUAACAAGUACAGAAUACAGAACAUAAUCGAUUUCAUAGAAAUAAAAAAAAAAGAAGAAUAAAAAAGAAGAAGAAGACAGAGACCCCACCAGACUGCAACAAGAGAGCAGCAGCAGUUAUAUAAUUCAAGACUUGAAAUCUAAGAAAGAAACACCAACCAUCACAAGUUCAAAACUCUCUCUUUACCAUAACUGUCGGCAGCGCAACCACUUGAGAGAGAAAGCAAAGCAGCUCACAACUUGCUCAAAUCACACGCAGUCGGCAGCUCACAUAACAAAACUUCUUCUUCUUCUUCUUGUACGGUGCAAAAGUACUGCGAAUGUUCGUUUGUCGAAGGAGCUCAACAGUGAAGCUCCUCUGAUCACUCACAAUCAGCUCUGACUCUGAGUCAAGGCAUUUCAGACUGAGACAGAAAAAUUUGGGAUUUUGGGAAUUUGGGUUUUGAAAUUUUCUUCAAUGUUGGUCCAAGACCGUCCAGGACCCAAAUCACCGAAGCACUCUCACUCUUCUCAGAUCAGAGCCUCACUCUCUUUCGCUCCAAAUCUCGAUUUCUCCACAUGGGUCUCCGAGAAUCUGUACAAGAUCGUCACCGUCGUGCUUCUCAUAGCCACAGUCGCCGUCCUCUUCGUGCUUCGAAACAUCGGAGACACCGCUGCUUUGCUCUGCUUCGAAACCCAAGCCCAGGCUCUCGAGAAAAUUCGAUUGCCGCAGCUCGAAUCGAACAUCAAGCCCAUCUCCGACACGUCGUCUCCCUACGCGAGUUUCCGAUCUGAGAAGUGGAUAGUCGUUUCAGUCUCUAAUUACCCAACUGACUCGCUCAGAAAGCUUGUGAAGCUCAAAGGGUGGCAGGUCUUGGCAAUUGGGAACUCGAAAACGCCGUCGGAUUGGAGCCUCAAAGGUGCUAUCUUUCUGUCCCUUGAACAACAAGCUCAAUUGGGUUUUAGAGUUUUGGAUUAUUUGCCAUAUGAUUCGUAUGUUAGGAAGAGUGUGGGUUACUUGUUUGCGAUCCAACAUGGCGCGAAGAAGAUCUUCGACGCUGAUGAUCGCGGAGAGGUGAUUGAUGAUGACUUGGGAAAACAUUUUGAUUUAGAAUUGACGGGAGAGGGUGCUAGGCAAGAGAUUAUAUUGCAAUAUAGCCAUGAGAAUCCUAAUAGAACCAUUGUGAACCCAUAUAUUCAUUUUGGGCAACGCUCAGUUUGGCCGAGAGGUUUGCCAUUGGAAAAUGUUGGUGAACUUGGCCAUGAAGAGUUCUACACUGAGAUUUUUGGUGGAAAGCAGUUUGUACAACAGGGCAUAUCGAAUGGACUUCCUGAUGUCGAUUCUGUGUUUUAUUUUACACGAAAAUCGGGUUUGGAAGCCUUUGAUAUAAGGUUUGAUGACCAUGCCCCGAAAGUGGCGUUGCCGCAGGGUACGAUGGUUCCUGUUAAUUCUUUCAAUACAAUUUACCAUGCAUCGGCGUUUUGGGGUUUGAUGCUUCCUGUUUCAGUUAGCACAAUGGCUUCUGACGUAUUGAGGGGAUAUUGGGGGCAGAGGCUUUUAUGGGAAAUAGGUGGAUUUGUUGUAGUUUAUCCCCCAACUGUUCAUCGGUAUGAUAGAAUUCAGGCGUACCCAUUUUCUGAAGAGAAAGAUCUUCAUGUCAAUGUGGGACGUUUGAUCAAAUUUUUGGUUUCAUGGAGAUCAAGUAAGCAUAGGCUAUUUGAAAAGAUUUUGGAGUUAAGUUUUGCUAUGACAGAAGAGGGGUUUUGGACUGAGAAGGAUCUGAAGUUUACGGCUGCCUGGCUUCAGGACUUGAUUGCGGUUGGGUAUCAGCAGCCUAGGUUAAUGUCAUUGGAAUUGGAUCGGCCACGGGCAAAUAUUGGUCAUGGGGAUACAAAAGAGUUUAUCCCGCAAAAGUUUCCAUCUGUUCAUCUUGGAGUUGAGGAAACAGGGACAGUGAACUAUGAAAUUGGAAAUUUGAUUAGAUGGAGGAAGAAUUUUGGGAAUGUUGUGCUUAUCCUGUUUUGCAGUGGACCGGUGGAACGUACUGCUCUGGAAUGGAGAUUGCUCUACGGGCGGAUAUUUAAGACUGUGAUCAUUUUGUCAGAGCUAAAGAACCCUGACCUUGCUGUUGAAGAAGGCAAAUUGGAUUAUGUAUACAAGUACCUGCCCAAAAUAUUUGAUCGAUAUUCCGGUGCAGAUGGAUUUUUAUUCCUUCAGGACAAUACUAUUCUUAAUUACUGGAAUCUUCUACAAGCAGACAAAACUAAAUUGUGGAUUACAAAUGAGGUAUCCAAGUCUUGGACUACUGUUUCCACAAAAGACAACUCGGAUUGGUUUUCAAAGCAAGCAGGCAUGGUAAGGAAGGUUGUUAGCAUGAUGCCAGUUCACUUCCAAGUCAGUUACAAGAACUCUGUAACUAGUGGCAAGAGCAUCACGGUAUGUAGUUCUGAGGUAUUCUACAUCCCUCGUCGGUUUGUAGCUGACUUCACCGACCUUUUUAAUCUAGUUGGAAAUCUAGAAAUUCAUCACAAGGUUGCCAUUCCAAUGUUCUUUCUAGCAAUAGAUUCACCUCAGAAUUUUGACUCAGUGUUCAGUACAAUGAUCUAUGAAGAACAACCACCUUCUACUAAUUCUUCAUCCCUUUAUUCGGCCAAAGUACCUGCUGUUCAUCCGUGGAAUGUGUCAAGCGAACAAGAUUUCAUAAAACUAAUAAGAACAAUGGCAGAAGGUGAUCCUCUCUUAAUGGAGUUAGUUUGAAGGUAAAUUUCUAUCUUUUGAUACUGAAAAUACCAAGAAGGUGAGUAAGAAGGAAACGUUGUAACACUUUGUUAACUGUCAUACAGAACUCUCUUUUUCUUCUUCUUUUUUCCUUUUUUGAGGGAGGGCAUCUUUUUUCCAUUUUUAUUUUUAUUUUUU